GUCGUGCGUGGAGUGCCAUCUCACCAUUCCGGGAGGUGAUGCCCCGUGUCUUCCUGGUCAGGAGUCGGCGUCCACAGCCAUCCAACUGGGGCCACUUGCCUGACCAGCUCCGGGGAGAUGCCUAUGUCCCAGACUGCAGCAACCAGCGGGGCCCAUCAGCACACCAGUCUUCUGGCCUUGGGGACUCUUGGGCAGCGCCUAUGCAGGGCAGUCUGGCCUCCACUCCCAGGGGCCCUGGGACACUUGGCUGCCCACUCUGCCCCAAGGCCUUCCCUUUGCAGCGCAUGCUGACACGGCACCUCAAGUGCCACAGCCCUGCACGCCGCCACGUGUGCCGCUGCUGUGGCAAGGGCUUUCACGAUGCCUUCGACCUCAAGCGCCACAUGAGGACUCACACUGGGAUCCGGCCAUUCCGCUGUGGAGCUUGCGGGAAAGCAUUUACUCAGCGCUGCUCACUUGAAGCUCAUCUUGCUAAGGUGCACGGGCAGCCAGCCAGCUACGCUUAUCGUGAGCGCCGGGAGAAGCUGCAUGUGUGUGAGGACUGUGGCUUCACAUGCUCGCGGCCUGACACCUAUGUGCAGCACCGUGCCCUGCACUGUGUUGAGACUGUGCACCCACACAACACAUGA